UAAAGCUUACCUUUUUAACAGAUGCGCCUAGUUAAAUCAAUAAAACAACCUAAUUAAGUUUUUGACAAUAAAUUUGAACAGCAAAAGUAUAUAACAGUAAAUAAUGCUCGUGCUGAGAGCGAUAACAAUCCAUAAAUAAAUAUCGAUCAUAAAUAUUUGAACGGCGCGCUUGGAGCAAGCAUGGAGGAUGACGAAGCUAAUAGAGAAGUUGUCGACAGCAGCAUGGAUCGAAAUAAAAUCAACACUAUAAUCGAGUUAAACGAAGAGAGGCGGCAUAGGCCUAUCGCUUGGUACUAUGCGCCCACCUAUUUGCUCUUCUGGCUGGCGCUCUUCUUUGCUGUUGUGGUGCCGCUCUUUAAUCAUUUGCCCACGGGCGUAAGAGAGUUCGAAGAGCCAGCCAAGCCGGGAGAGUUUGUGGCUGAACGCGCUCAGCGAGUGUUGCUGGAAUUAGAUCGCAUGGGACCGAAGAUUGUGGGCGAUGAAAUGAAUGAGAAGACUAUGGUGGAGUUUAUGCUAAACGAGAUUGAGAAAGUGCGUCAGGUGAUGCGGUAUGAUCUCUACGAGCUUGAGGUGGACUUGCAACGUGCCUCCGGCGCCUAUCUACUCGGUCAAAUGAUAAACAUGUAUCAGGCCAUUCAAAAUGUUGUUGUUAAGGUUAGCACAAAGAGUUCAAAUAGCACAAACUAUUUGCUUAUCAAUAGUCACUAUGACACAAAGCAAGGUAGCACAGGGACUGGCGAUGCUGGCUUUAUGAUUGUUGUUAUGCUGGAGGUUAUGCGUCAAUUGGUCACUUCAGAGCAAACAUUUGAGCAUCCUGUUGUCUUCCUAUACAAUGGUGCGGAGGAACAACCUUUGCAAGGCUCACAUGCAUUUAUUACGAAGCAUAAAUGGUCCACUAAUUGCAGAGCAUUAAUCAAUUUAGACUCUUGUGGCGCUGGUGGUCGUGAGAUUCUCUUUCAAAGUGGUCCCAAUCAUCCUUGGCUGAUGCAUUAUUAUAGACUUAAUGCCAAACAUCCUUUUGCAUCCACUAUGGCUGAAGAACUAUUCCAGGCUGGCUUUAUUUCCUCCGAUACGGACUUUCGCAUCUUUCGCGACUUUGGGCCAGUGCCAGGUGUGGAUAUGGCUAAUACUAAAAACGGCUUUGUUUAUCACUCCAAAUUCGAUCGCUAUGAUGUUAUCUCGCGCGAUUCUCUACAGAAUACCGGAGAAAAUGUGCUUGCCCUAGCGCGCGGCAUCAGCAAUGCGCCGGAGAUGUACGAUACUGACGCACACGCCGAGGGUCACUCGGUGUUUUUUGAUUUCCUGGGCUUGUUUUUUAUCUACUAUGUGGAGAUCACAGGCAUAGCUUUGAACAUAAGUUUCGCCCUUGCUGGCUUGGCUAUGGUCUGUGUCUCGCUUUGGCGUAUGACCAAGGUGACUGGACUGGAAUCUAGCUUUAUAGCCAGCUCUUUUGGCGUUAUAUUGCUGCUCGAGCUGGCGGGAUUUGCGCUGGCUUUGCUUUUGCCGCUACUGAUGGCAGCUUUGUUGGAUGCUGGUGAUCGCAGCAUGGCUUACUUUGCCAACAGCUGGCUAGUGCUGGGUCUCUAUAUAUGUCCAUCCAUCAUUGGACUGAUGCUGCCUGUGACAUUAUAUUACACCCUUCAGCCCAGUAAGCGGCUUCCUCACAGAUAUCAUUUGCAAAUGGCCGGACAGGCUCAUUGUGUGAUCUUGUCCUUGCUCUGCCUAAUUCUAACAGCUUUUGGCAUACGUAGCGCUUAUCUGUUGCUCAUGUCGCUCUUCUUUUUUGUAGGCGCUUUGCUGUUAAAUAUCUUGACUAAUCUGCAAGAUCGUGGCUAUCAUUGGUGCAUAUUGAUAUGUGUUAGUCAACUAUUGCCCUUUCUCUACUUUUCGUAUUUGUUUCACGCAUUUAUUACUGUUCUCAUACCAAGGAGCGCAUUCGGUGGAGGUCAAAGCAAUCCCGACUUAUUAAUUGCAUUACUAUGUGGUUUGGGCACAAUACUCUCUAUGGGCUUUGUGGCACCGCUCAUAAAUAUCUUUUGGCGCCCCAAAUGCAUAAUUUUUGGCCUGGGGCUAAUAACCUUUAUAUUCAGCAUGAUAUCCAUAUCGAGUGUGGGCUUUCCCUAUCGCCCUAAAACAAAUGUUAUGCGUAUAACUUUUCUGGAGGUACAACGCACUUUUUAUGAGUAUGACGGCUACAUAAGCUUGCACGAUUCUGGUUACUACUUUGAUAUUCAGGAUCGACAUCAGCUGGAGCCCAUAAGUAGUAGUGUGGAUGUAACUGAUGCGGUUCCUUUAGACUGUGGCUCAGAGCUUAUGUGUGGUGUGCCCUGUUUGCAUCCUCGUUGGUGCAAAACUGCAGCCAAGACCGCUCGCUGGCUGCCUCGCCAGCAGCACGUCGAAAUACCCGGAGAAACUACGCUAAAGUGUCUUAACAAAACUGAGCUCUCUGGCUAUCGUAUAAAAUAUGGAUUUAGGCUUUCGGGUCCACCACACAUUGGCAUAUUUCUGAGACCAGUAAAAGGUGCUAAGAUGCUGGAUUGGUCUUUUGUGCGCGGCAUGCUGGACAAACCGUUCGUCUAUAAGCCGCCCUAUCACAUAUUCUAUACCUGGGCAGCUGACAAUUCGCCGCUUGAGUUCUCCUUGGAACUAUUAAAAACUGAUGGAUAUUUUGAGGAGCCUGUACUGGAAAUUGGCAUUGCUGCACACUAUGUGAGUCACGAGCAUAAGCGUGAUGCUCUAAGCAAAGAGUUUAUACAAGCAAUGCCCGAUUUUGUAUAUGUAAUGGAAUGGCCAGCCUCCUAUACGCGCUAUGUAUUUUAA